AUGAGUAGAAAGUGCAAGUUCUUCGUGUUCUUUCUCUUAUUCAUCAUUAAUGGAGCUCUUCUUGAUGCUUGGCCCAAUGCCAGUAAUAAAAGAUAUUAUGAUUUUAAGGUUCAAACAACUUCUAUAACAAAACUGUGCAAAACAUCAACUAUUGUCACAGUGAAUGGAAUGUACCCAGGUCCAACCAUCUAUGCUCGGGAAGAUAACAGGGUGAUUGUAAAAGUCACAAAUCUUACACCCUACAAUCUGUCAAUCCAUUGGCAUGGAGUUCGACAAAGACUAACUUGUUGGUUCGAUGGUCCUGCCUACAUAACUCAGUGUCCAAUUCAAGCAGGUCAAAGUUUCACGUACAAGUUCACGUUGCUCAACCAACGUGGAACACUAUUUUGGCAUGCCCACAUAUCCUGGCUCAGAGCAACCGUUCAUGGCCCCCUUAUCAUCUACCCAAAGCAAGGGGGCAGCUAUCCUUUUCAAACCCCCUUCCAGGAGCACGUAAUUGUUCUUGGAGAGUACUGGCUUCAGGACAUCCAAGAAUUGGAGAAGCAUGUGAAAGAUUCAGGGGGAGGUCCACCAGGUUCAGAUGCAUACAUUUUUAAUGGUCAUCCUGGUCCACUUCAUAACUGUUCUAAAAGUGAUGUGUACAGUGUCGAUGUUACUAAAAGGAAGACAUAUCUUUUAAGAAUAAUCAAUACGGCUCUGAACAUGGAACACUUUUUUGGUGUGGCUAACCAUAGCAUGACUGUUGUUGAAGCAGAUGGAGAGUACACAAAGCCCUUCAAUACCUCGUUUCUAAUGCUAACUCCAGGCCAAACUUAAAAUGUUUUAAUUACUGCAGAUCAGCCCAAUGGAAAAUACUACAUGGCUAUGGCCCCUUAUAUGCCAGCCAAAAGGGUCCCAUUCUUGAAUAAAACGUCCUUUGCAAUUCUCAAUUAUAUUGAAUCUUCGAAGUCAUUGGUACCUUACAAGCCCAUCUUGCCUUGUGUGAGUGACUCUGACUCUGUCCAAGCAUUCACAGGCCAGAUUAGAAGUUUACACCCAAAUGAACAUUGGUCACCAAUUGAUGUUCCUUUGAAAAUUGACAAAAGCUUGUUCUUUGCAAUUGGGCUGAAUGUGUUUAGUUGCAGCUCCUCGGAUCCUGACAAAUGUCAAGGGCCCAAUGGGGGAGUUUUUGCGGCUUCAGUUAAUAACAUAACAUUUAAAAGACCAAUGGUUUCUCUGUUGAAUGCAUACUACAAUAAUUUAGAAGGGUAUUACACUGCUGAUUUCCCUGAUAAACCUGAAAAAAUGUAUGAUUUUGUGAAUGAGGCUCCAAAUAAUAUUGGUGUGGAUACACAGCCUGUUAUUGGUACUCAAGUGAGUGUGCUGGAGUAUGGAUGGACUGUCCAAGUCAUAUUUCAAGACACUGGCACUAUAGGAACAGAAAACCAUCCAAUACAUUUACAUGGCUUUAGCUUCUAUCUUUUGGUCUCAGGGAUUGGGAAUUUUAAUUCCACCACUGCGGCUCUUAAUUUGUAUGAUCCUCCUUACAGAAACACAGUUGGUGUGCCAGCGGCUGGAUGGGCCGUCAUCCGGUUCAGAGCUGACAAUCCUGGAGUAUGGUUCAUGCACUGCCAUCUAGAGGUGCAUACAACUUGGGGACUUUCUAUGGCUUUUCUAGUGAAAGAUGGCAAAGGUAAAAUGCAAACUUUGCCACCGCCACCUCCUGAUCAUCCAUUUUGUUAG